AAUCUCUAACAAUACAAAAACAUAAGUUUUCUCCUCGUUCAUCCUAUAAACUAAAACUCUAAGAAUGCACCCUAGGUUUGAUACAGAUAUACUGCGUAUAUAUUCUGAUGAUCAAAAAAGAUGGCUGAUUUAGGAAACUUUGUUAGCAUAUCUUCAUCCAAUAAGGAUUCCGAAAACAAGACGAUUGAAUCGAAAUGUUUAGACGAUUAUUUACGCGAUUGGGCUGCGAAAAACGUCAAGUCGGGUGUUCCAGAAUCCAAACUGUUUCUUCCUUUCCUUGUUGGUGCUCCAAAACUGCCUGAGUGUUCUGUCUGCGAGAGUGUAAUUUAUCCAGGAGAGGAGAAAGCAUGUGUAGUUCGUGAUUGUAAAGCUCUAUAUCACCUGAAAUGCGCAAGAGAUUUGCUUGGGCUUUUACCGUCUGAAGCAUUCAAGUGUCCUCGACAUGCAUGCUUUUUAUGCAACAAGAUAAAUAAUCUACGGCGGUGUUCAAGAUGCCAUUUAGCUUCACAUGACAAAUGUGCCGCAUUUCCUUGGAAAACGGUCUGUUGGAGGCAUGCUGAUGAUUGGCCACCAAUAAAGUCUGCAGAUCCAACUAAUAGUAUAGAGGAAGUAUUUAUCCGUUUACCAUUACCAUAUAUGGUGGAAGAGUUCAAGAUUGAUCGCCCAGUAAAAGACACUAUGGUGAACAAAGUGGAGCCACCUCUAUCUACUAUGAAGCGGCUCAAGAAUGAUCUCGAAGUAUAUGUCAUGAUGGAAAACAAUCAGGAGCCACCUCCGUAUGAGAAUAUCAGACGCAACAUAUACCAUGUCAAGAAAACGCGUGAUGAAACCAGUAUGAACUCUAAAUGCACUGAUUGCAGUUCUAGCACAUGCACUAAUGACUGUGUAUGCAGGCUUCAGUGUAUAAGCUGUUCAAAGGCUUGUCGAUGUUCAGACUUGUGCACAAACAAGCCCUUCCGAAAAGACAAAAAGAUCAAUGUUGUUUUGACUGAACAUUAUGGCUGGGGUGUAGUAGCUGCUGAAUCUAUUAAAAAGGGUGAAUUCAUUAUAGAAUAUGUUGGGGAAGUUAUCAGUGAUGCUUUGUGUGAGAAGCGCCUUCGGGAUUUGAAGCACCAGGGAAUUAAGAACUUCUAUAUGUGUAAAAUCCAAAAAGAUUUCACCAUUGACGCAACUUAUAAAGGGAACACCUCUCGUUUCUUACAUCAUAAUUGCGAUCCUAACUGUUAUCUGGAAAAAUGGGCUGUUGAUGGAGAGAUUCAUGUUGGUGUCUUUGCUGCCAGAUUUAUCGAAGCCUGGGAACCCUUGACUUAUGAUUAUCGAUUAAGGAGUUCGAGCUUCGUGUGUUCGUCAGAAUAGUUGUGUAAUUUGUUUGUUUGACAGCUAUCAGCCUAUCAGGCUCAAGUGGAUCACAAGAUAAUGUCAAGAUCAACUAGCUAGCUGGAAGUGAAAUAGCAAGCUUUGGGAUAGUUUUGGGUAGUUUGGUAAUCGAGUAAAGUUAGAAUGCUAAAAUGUUAUAUUGAAGUUAGAAAUCCCUUUUUGGUUAACUGCCCUUGAUAUCAUUUGUCUUUUAGUCAAGAAGAUGCUUUUAUGUCUAAAGCUUUGUAUUAUUAUUAUAAAGUAGCUAAGUAUAUAUGUAUGUCAAAUGAAGUUGGCAAAAGUUGAUUUAGUCACUUUUAAUAAGGAUGAAAGUAAAAGUUUCUUUCAAAA